CAUUCAUUUCAAAAGAAGAGGAGAAAACGGUCGUCAGAGAGUGAGAGAGACCUUCUCAGUUCCCUCCACCGGGCACCGACUACUGUAAAUAAACUGACUCUGUGAGUCCUUCUUUACUCGGUAAUCUACGCAUCAUUCUUCGUUCAAAAUUUAAACCCAUCUGGGCUAGGCAUCUCUUUCAAACCAGAUCGAUUCUGGUUUUCUCCAUGGAAGGACUAGACCCUGUGGCCUUGUUCAUGAAUCUUGAACAGUGGCGAGAACCCCAAAUGGAAGAUGAAGCAGAAGUUCAAGAUUCUCCCUCUCCCUCUGUUGCUUCUUCAAGCUAUGAGACUUACAUGGUGGGUUUUGUGAUCGCCAACAUCGUCGGUCUUCAGUACUACACCGGUAGGAUCAGCGGACGGGAGAUGGUAGGUCUGGUUCGAGAACCCCUCAACCCUUACGACUCCAACGCUAUUAAGGUGCUCAAUACCCGAACAAUCCAGGUCGGACACAUUGAUCGAUCCUCGGCUGGUGUUCUUUCUCCUCUCCUUGACGCCCAACUCAUCGCCGUUGAGGGCAUCGUACCCAACAUUCCCGGGAGCAAAAACCGGUACAAACUCCCUUGCCAAAUCCACAUCUUUGCUCGCGUUGAAAACUUUCAGCUUGUUCGGGACAGCAUUUCGCGUGGUGGGUUGCAGCUAAUUUCUGAUCCGAGUCCUUCUUUUGCACUGUCGGAGGCUGUAAUUGUUAAAGAAAAGAAAACUAAGAAGGAGAAACGGGAUAUUGACGAGAUUUUUAAGUUGGUGGAUGCUGGUGAGAACAGGAAGGGAAAAAUGGAAAUGUUGGAGCCGCCCAAGGAGAUUAUCACAGCCAAGUUGCUCUUGCAUCAGAAGGAAGGGUUGUGGUGGUUGGUUCAAAGGGAGAAUUCUCUCGAGUUGCCGCCGUUUUGGGAAGAGAAAGGUGGAGACUAUGUCAAUGUCUUGACAAAUUAUCGGACCGAUAAGCGACCAGAGCCGCUGAAUGGGGGGAUUUUUGCUGACGAGAUGGGAUUGGGUAAGACCCUAACAUUACUCUCUCUAAUUGCUACUAAUAGACCGGAUGCUAACCUAGCUUCUUCAGUUGAUACUGCUACUGGAGAUAUAGACAACUCAGAAGAAGACGAGGACAGAUUGUCUGUUGUUAAGAAGUCUAAGAAAGGGAAAUCGGGUAAGAAAGCUACAGUUUCACGUAAGAAGCGUAAAUUAAAUAGUUCUGAUUUGGGUAACAAAGGGAACGGAACACCAAAGGGUGGACAGGAUAGAUUUUCUACUGUUUUUGGCCCAAGAACAACAUUAGUUGUCUGUCCUCCAUCAGUAUUUUCAACGUGGGCAACACAGCUACAAGAGCAUACUAGACCUGGAAGCUUGAAAGUAUACAUGUAUUAUGGGGAGCGUACUAGAGAUCCUGAAGAGCUUCAGAAGUAUGAUAUUGUUUUGACAACUUAUAGUACACUGGCUACUGAAGCCCAUGAUUAUCAUUCACCAAUGACAUUGAUAGAAUGGUGGAGAGUUAUUUUGGAUGAAGCGCACUUAAUAAAAAAUGUGGCGGCCCGACAGAGUCAAGCUGUCAUAGAACUCAAGGCUAAGAGGAGAUGGGUUGUUACAGGGACACCCAUUCAGAAUGGAUCAUUUGAUUUGUACUCUCUCAUGUCUUUCUUAAGGUUUGAACCAUUUUCAAUCAAGAGCUAUUGGCAGAGCUUAGUGCAACGUCCUCUUGAUCAGGGGAAUGAGUGUGGCCUCUUGCGUUUGCAGAUCUUAAUGGAGACCAUAUCUCUGCGAAGAACAAAGGACAAGGGUUUGAUUGAAUUGCCAUCUAAAACCUUUGAGACCUGUUUCAUAGAUCUUUCUGCUGAAGAGCGUCAACAGUAUGAUCGGUUGGAAGCUGAGGCUAAGAAUGUGGUCCAAGAUUACAUUCGUGUUGGAAGUGUAAUCCGCAACUACUCAACCGUACUUAGUAUUAUUUUACGACUUCGUCAAAUCUGUGAUGAUAUGAAAUUGUGUCCAGAGGAUAUUAGAUCAUUGUUUCCAUCUAAUAACAUUGAAGAUGUAACAAAUAAUCCAGAAUUGUUGCAAAAGUUGCUCUCAAUGCUACAAGAUGGAGACGACUUUGAUUGUCCAAUUUGCAUUUCUCCACCAACUGAUAUUGUCAUCACAUGUUGUGCUCACAUCUUUUGCCGGACCUGUAUACUGAGAAGCCUCAAACGUCCCAAUGCCUCUUGUCCCCUCUGUCGAAGACCACUAAGAGAAUCAGAUCUAUUUUUGGCUCCACCAAGACCAAUAGAUGGUGACAACCAAGAUAUUCCUUCUAGAACCACUUCUUCCAAAGCAUCUGCCCUCUUGAAACUCCUGGUGAGAUCCAGGAAUGAGAAUCCUUCUAAAAAGUCUGUUGUAUUCUCCCAGUUUAGUAAGAUGCUGAUAUUACUUGAAGAGCCACUGAAGGAAGCUGGUUUCAGGAUUUUGAGGUUGGAUGGGUCAAUGAGUGCAAAGAGGAGAGCUCAAGUGAUCAAAGAAUUUGGAGAUCAAGGUCAAGAAGCACCAACAGUAUUAUUGGCAAGCCUCAAGGCUUCGUGUGCAGGGAUAAAUCUGACAGCGGCAUCAAGAGUUUACCUAGUGGAGCCAUGGUGGAAUCCAGCAGUUGAGGAACAGGCCAUGGACCGGGUACACCGAAUUGGGCAGAAAGAGGAUGUUAAGAUUGUGAGGUUGAUUGCCAGGAAUAGCAUUGAGGAGAGGAUAUUAGAGUUGCAAGAGAAGAAAACAAAGUUGGCACGGAAUGCUUUUGGGAGGAAUGGCAAAGAUCGGAGACAAAUCGGUAUGGAAGACCUAUGUACUCUCAUGGCAUUGUGAUCUCUUGCAUUAUAGGCAUAUACAUAUGCAUGUUCAUAUAGCAAUAUUUUCUUUACCAUUACUCAGCCCAUGUCCAUAAGCUAUUUUUUGUAGUCACCAGAAAAGCUGUUUUGCUGAUUCCUACUGGAUUGUCCCACACUUCCAUAGUAUACAUAUCCUGGACAUCAUGGAUUGUUAGCACUAAUAGGAGGAUGUCGAGGAAGCCGAUUCCUACAUGAAUAUGUUUGGCCAAGUGACACUUUUGCAUACAAAGAAAGAGAGGAAAUAUGAUAUGAUUUUUGGAAUCUUUCUAGAGUGGUUUUUAUUGAGCUGAUAUUUUUAAGAUUCCUCUUAAGGUAAAAUAUAACCAAGAUAUUGUUUCAUUUCUA